CCCUUCCAUUUUAAUUCCAAAAAGAAUAAUAGUCAAGACCAAAAAGAGAGCGAGGCACAACAAGGUUUUCUCAUUCCCUUUGGAUUCAAUUUGAUAGAAUCGAAAGCGCCGUAGAAACCAAAUCACAGUUUCGAUCCGAUGGGUUUCCAACGCGUUACGAAACUUGUAACCUCAAUCGCCUCCCGCCACCACCACCUCCGCCACCAAUCAUCCUCCUCCGCUUCCUCUCCUGCUGUGUUCGUCGACAAGAGCACGCGCGUGAUCUGUCAAGGAAUAACAGGAAAGAACGGAACGUUUCAUACCGAACAAGCGAUCGAAUAUGGAACGAAUAUGGUUGGUGGUGUUACUCCUAAGAAAGGUGGAACUGAACAUUUAGGGCUUCCUGUUUUCAACACUGUUUCUGAAGCUAAAGCUGAAACUAAAGCUAAUGCUUCUGUUAUUUAUGUUCCUCCUCCUUUUGCUGCUGCUGCUAUCAUGGAAUCUUUGGAGGCUGAAUUGGAUCUCGUUGUUUGUAUCACUGAAGGAAUUCCUCAACAUGAUAUGGUGCGAGUUAAAGCAGCACUUAACAGACAGUCCAAAACUCGCUUGAUAGGACCAAACUGCCCUGGUAUCAUCAAGCCUGGGGAAUGUAAAAUUGGAAUCAUGCCGGGUUACAUUCACAAACCUGGGCGCAUAGGAAUUGUUUCUCGUUCUGGCACUUUGACAUAUGAAGCGGUUUACCAAACAACCGCUGUUGGCCUUGGACAAUCCACUUGUGUGGGUAUUGGAGGAGAUCCCUUCAAUGGAACAAACUUUGUUGAUUGCCUUACAAAGUUCAUAGCAGAUCCUCAGACAGAAGGUAUCAUUCUCAUUGGAGAGAUAGGAGGAACUGCAGAAGAAGAUGCUGCUGCACUAAUUAAGGAAAGCGGGACUGAGAAGCCCAUUGUUGCAUUUAUUGCUGGAUUAACUGCUCCCCCUGGCCGUCGUAUGGGUCAUGCAGGAGCUAUCGUGUCGGGUGGUAAGGGUACUGCUCAAGACAAAAUCAGAACCCUCAGGGAAGCUGGAGUCACAGUUGUGGAGUCUCCUGCUAAAAUUGGAGCUGCCAUGUUUGAUAUUUUCAAGCAGAAGGGUUUGGUGCAAUAGUUUAGUUUGGGGUUUUAUUUACUUUCAUCAAAUCACUUUGGUUUUGAUUUGGCCUACAACAUGGUCAGAAAACACUUGAUUCCCAUCGAUAGUAAUGGGAUAUUUUUUCCUAUUUUAUUUUUCUAUGAUACGAGAGGCUCCUUAGAAUAAAAUUAAUUCAAGAUGCUUUUUAUAUUUCCGGAAAUUUCGUAUGUUCCAAUUGAGCUCCAGCUAUUGUGGCGCUGGUUUGUAAACAUCUGUAGUUAUUUUGCAAUGAAUUUCGAAAAUCUUCAUUUUGUAGUGUCUGCAA